AUCGCAAAUCUUGUGCACUUUAAUCGUAUUUAGCGCAAGAAUCAUCGCAGUUUAUAGCUAUAAGGUGCUAAUUCAAGUUAUUCCUCAGAUUGCUGCGGUUUAUGGUCAAGUUACUGACUCACAGGCCAAAAGCUGCAAGAUGUUCACAGUUUAUCUCUAAGGGAGAUAUAGAGGAUAGAUUAUUACAACUGAAUACUUGAGCGUGGAAAAGGAAGCUCAUAAUGGCACUUUUAGACAUAUUCUAGGUACCUUUCCAACAUUUACUGGAGAGAUUAGGGACGUUGUGGUCUUUGCUACUCGAAAAUGUACAAUAGAAACGUGGACACGGUUUCCGGUGCUUACUAUAGCAUGGAUGUCCUCUCGGAGAUUUUCAGGAAUGAAGACGUUGCCAUGACAAUUCAGGCAUAUCCAGAGGAAGUCUCUAGGCGUGUGACUGACGAGAUUGAGGCGCUGUUGGACAACUUUGUGAGAUACUCUAGGAGGUAUGAAGACGUCAGAGUUUUUAAUAGCGGAGAUACUCAAACGUUGUUCAAGUUUAAGCUUCUCAUGGACUACUAUGCAAUAAUGUAUAUCCAGGCUAGCAAGAAUGUUCACAUAUAUAGAGCGUAUAGAUGGAACCUCAUUGAGGAGAUCGCAACCGUAUAUAGCGGAUACUAUGAUUUUAUUCCGGAAUCUGUCGUUAGCAAUUUGUCAGAUGUAGAAUGUUCACACUUGAGAGAGAGGUGCUUGGAGAUCCGUAACGCCAUAACUGUGGUUAAUAAUGGGAAAUACUCUCUCAUUGGCAUCCUCAAGGAUAUUGUAACGGAUGAUUUAUCGGAGCCAAGGAGCGGAAGCCUCAAAUUCUACGCGCAAAACACGAAACUGGUGGUACCAAGCUACAUGGUUGACAUACUCAAGCACUCUAAACUCAUAAAGAUACUCAUAAUCGACCUCUAA